AUGAACGACAUUCGGGAAAGGUCCACCUUCGCUCGAGGAAGACGAUCUGGAGAUCGGAAAGACAUCUUCAACCGCUUUUCUUGGGAUGAGCGAGCGGUUCAUGAGAGUGCGCACGGUACCCUCGCUGUUCCUGAAAGGAAUGCUCAUAUCUUCCGUGCGGAGCCCGCUCGCUCUGGAGAAGUAAUUGUCGUUCGUAAUGCUGCAGCGCAUAACAACGAUAAUGUGAUUCCUUCACCAGAUACCUUUCCUAGGGUACUACCAUUAUCACAGGAUGAACCACAAAAUAUUAAUUCUAACAUCUGGACUCCUUCAUCAACAAAAGACACGACCAUACAUUAUGAGAUGGAUAUUGUGGAGGACGUGGGAAGUUUACUAGAGGAAUUCUCACGACUAAAAAGACUAGGCAAUUUCCAGGAAGCGGAACAAUACUUUCAAGUUUCUCUAAGUGCUUUCAUGGACUUAUCGCCAGUCACAAUUGAGUUCGCAGACAUGCUAGUCGAACAGGGUUCAUAUAGGCGUUUACAUCGCGUUCUGUUGCAGCACCAACAGCAGGAGCUAAGUACCUCUGACGGCAUCUCAAGCCUGCAGGAGGGUAGCCCAGCCAAAUUCCUGUACCAAGCAAACUUGCACCUCUUACGGGAUUUCGCGUUCAUACAGUCCCACGGGUUUCUGGACGAGGCAUAUGGAACGGUCCGAUCCUUGGAGCGCCAAAUGCGUUCCUUAAGGCGACGAAGGAGAAAAGACCCGAAUCGUGACCUGGACUCGGCUGAAGUGCAGGUUGUCCGUUAUGCUCUCUUGAUUCUAUCGCAAGUUGAGCGAGAAACCGAUCUGAUCCCAGAACAUGAAUUUAAUUUUUGGUCUAAUUGGCACUAUUUGUACAGUGUUCUCGUGACUGAGGGGCGAAUAUGGGAUGUGCGAGACCUAAUGCUCGCUUCUAUCCAAGCGGAAGGUGCAGCAAAUACUUGGAACCUGAUAUUCGGAGCAGAACUUGGUUCUUCCAACGAGCCGUUCCGCAAGCUGAUGGACGACUGGUGUUUGCAUCGGUAUGAUGAGUCAACAUAUCUUGCCAUUCUGGAUAUUCUAGUAUCUCUGAGUCGCAGUUUGUCUUCAUGGUCUAUUUCGAUACCAGAAAGACAGGACCUGCUCACUGCUCAACGGUGCCUCCAAUAUGCCCAAGCCCUUGCAACAUGCCUCAAAGAGAACAACCCGCAGCUGGUAAAAUCUCGUCCAUACCUACAGUGGGUUCUUGCUGAAGCGGAAUUGGAGCGGAAACUUCUACUCAAUGCCUCAGAUCUGCGAGACCACCUUGACAAAUAUCCAGGCCUGACAAUAUGGAGGAAUUGUAUUCCCAUUUAUCUCCCAAUCAAGACGGAGAACCCAAAGUGGACGGCACACCUAGACGCGGGACGGAACUAUGAUCUUCUUGAAACCGUUCUUCAGACAGCACAGGACCUGCAUGACUACAGAACUGAGGUUUUAUGCCUGGGUGAGCUCAUUUAUCGCUCGGUACACACGAGCGAAAGGUUAGCUCGGCUUUCCGAUGUCCAGAAGACCAUCCAGGGGGAUCAUCUCGGCUAUCGGCAGACUUUUCUAUCGGGGUUUCUUCUUGCAGACUCUGAACAAGAUUGUAAACUUCUUUUAGAUGGCCUGAGGAAAAUCCGGGAAUCAAAACGAUCCUCGAAAUCUAUCUAUUCUCUGAGUGACUGGUGUGCGAUCGUCAUCGAACGGGCUGUUGCACAACGCGUUGCCGAAGAUCUAUCGCGUUCGGAUGAAGCUUUCCAAGACACUAAGGAGGGCUUCUCUACCUACCUCCCGCAGUACAUAAAAGAUCGGUUGGAGGCGCUCGGCCUGGAUAAGGUCUACCUAACGCCCUCAAGGACUGGAAAGCCACACGAUCCUGAAAUACGACAACGCAGUAUUACAGAUGUUCCUACAUCGAAACAGGAUACCCCACCCCCCGUUCCAUUUGAGAGUUUGAGUGACGAAGAACAUGGGCAAUCCAAGUCACUAUUCCCUCUGCAGCGACCAGGGCGCACGUACACAGGAUCUGGGGAAAGCGAUAGUGAUGAUGACGAGUAUACCACCGACAGCAGCUUCGACACAGCUAGAUCAGAUGAUGGUUGGUUGGAUGAUGAGCAGGGCCAUUCGACAUCGCUUGUUCGUAGGACUCAGCGAUUUGGACCAAUUUCUAGGAGUGCGACUGUUGAAGAUGUCAGUAGUAGCAUAUAUGAGGAAUGA